AUGAUGUUCCUUCUGAUGUUCUUGGUGCCCAAAGUAGUUACAGUGAAGUGCCUGGAAGGUGAACCCUUCCUUGUCCCACAUGAGUGGUACCAGCCUGGUGACCUUGUUGUUGGUGGGAUGGUGUCUCACAUUCUUUACCACGGUUAUGAAAUUCAAUUUAAGGAUUAUCCUUCUCUAAAAUCUUAUGACUUACCAGUUGUAAUAACCAAAUUCUACCAGCACGUCCUUGCCUUGGCCUUUGCUGUGAAGGAGAUCAAUGAAGACUCCCAGAUCUUACCCAACAUCACUCUCGGGUUCCACAUCUACGACAGUUACUACAGCCCAAGGAUGACCUAUCGCACCACUCUGGACCUGCUUUUCAAGUCCAAGGAAUUUGUCCCAAACUACAAAUGUGACAGCCAGAAAACUCUCAUGGCCAUCAUUGGGGCACCUGGUUCUGAUACUUCCUCCUAUAUGGCAGAAAGUAUAAGUGUCUACAAGAUUCCACAGUUGACCUAUGGCUCUUUUGCCCAGGAAGAGUUUCAGACACCAAAGUUAUCUUUACUUUACUGCAUGGUCCCAAAUGAGGACCUUCAGUACAUUGGAGUUAUCCGACUUCUUCUCCAUUUUGGAUGGACGUGGAUUGGAGUCUUUGUUUUUGAUACAAAUAACGGAGAGCGUUUCUUGCAGAAACUGCAGCCACUGCUUUCCCAGAAUGGCAUCUGUUUAGCUUACACCCAGAAAAUUCCACAAGUAGCCAACUUUGAAGACUUGUCAGAAGUGCUUGAUGCAAUCUCAAUUAUUUCUGGUAAAUUAAUAGAUCAGAAAUCAAAUGCUUUUCUUGUCUAUGGAGGAUCAUUCACUAUCGUCUGGCUCAGAACGGUCGUUUUUCUACGUGAUCCUGAAAGUAAAGAGAGUGCAUCCUUCAGAAAGGUUUGGGUCCUGAUGAACCCAACUGAUUUUAUAAUGACAGGGUUUCUAAGAGGAUGGGACAUCCAGUUGUUCCAUGGGGCUCUUUCCUUUACAGUUCAUUCAAGAGAAGUUCCAGGGUUCAAAGAAUUUCUUCAAGCCAUCAAACCUUCAACCCACAAAGAUGGGUUUCUUCAAGACGUUUGGGAACAAUUGUUUGACUGUUCUUUUUCCAGUGCAGAAUUCCCCUCAAUGAUCAGUGAAACCUGUAGUGGGGAAGAGAAUUUGGAGAACCUGCCUGGCCCUUUGUUUGAGUUUCAGAUGACUGGCCAAAGCUACAGCAUUUACAAUGCUGUUUAUGCAGUGGCCCAUGCUUUGCAGGAGAUGGUGAGACCAAGAUCCAAACAGAGAGAAUUUCCAAAGUUCAAAUUUCCUGAUCUGCAGCCUUGGCAGCUCCACAAGUUCCUUCAAGGCAUUUCUUUUAACAACUCAGCUGGAGAAAGAGUCUUCUUUAAAGACAGAAGGGAAGGUCCAGGUGGUUUUGACAUCCUCAACAUCAUCACUUUUCCAAACAGAUCCUUCCAGAGAGUUAGAGUUGGCAAGUUACACCCCAAUGCUCCGAAAGGAAAAGAAAUCUCCCUUGGGGAGAACAGCAUCCUUUGGCACCCAGGUUUUAACCAGGUCCUUCCUGUUUCCCUGUGCAAUGACCACUGUUCCCCUGGAUUUUGGAAGAGAAGGGCUGAAGGGAGACCCUUCUGCUGCUAUGACUGUGUUCCAUGUCCAGAAGAAAAGAUUUCCAAUCAAAUUAAUACCGAUGACUGUUUCAGAUGUCCAGACGAUCACUAUGCAAACCAAGAAAAAAAUGAGUGUCUGCCCAAAUCUUUGGUCUUUCUGUUUUAUGAGGAACCUCUAGCAAUUGGUUUAGUCACAAGUGCUAUUUCUCUCUUCCUCAUGACAACCUGGGUCCUUGGGACUUUCGUUAAGCACAGGGAUACUCCCAUUGUUAAAGCCAACAACCGGGCCCUCACCUACACCCUCCUUGUCUCUCUCCUCCUCUGUUUUCUCUCCUCUUUCUUCUUCCUCAGCCCACCUGGCAAGGUGACCUGCCUUCUCCGACAAUCCACUUUUGGCAUCAGCUUCUCAGUGGCCAUUUCGAGUGUCUUGGCUAAAACCAUCACGGUGGCUCUUGCUUUCAUGGCCACCAAACCAGGAUCUCAGAUCAGGAAAUGGGUUGGGAAAGGAUUGGCCUUUUCUAUUGUCCUGUCCUGUUCUCUCUUCCAGGUAUGUAUUUGUGUUCUUUGGUUGUCAACAUCUCCCCCAUUCCCUGAGUUGGACAUGCACUCAGAAUCCAAAGAAAUCAUUUUACAAUGCAAUGAGGGCUCAGCCUCCUUCUUCUACUGCAUCUUGGGCUACAUGGGUCUCUUGGCCAUGGCCAGCUUCACUGUGGCUUUUCUUGCCCGUAAAUUACCUGACAGCUUCAAUGAAGCCAAAUUCAUCACCUUCAGCAUGCUGGCCUUCUGCAGUGUGUGGGUCUCCUUUUUUCCAGCCUAUCUGAGCACAAAAGGAAAAGCCAUGGUAGCUGUUGAGGUCUUCUCCAUCUUGUCUUCUGGUGCUGGGUUACUGUGCUGUAUUUUUUCCCCCAAAUGCUACAUCAUUGUUUUCAGGCCUGAGCUAAAUGUGGUCACCCAUUCCAAAAGAAGUGCUCAUUCACAUGAAAAGGGGUUUGCCCGGCACUUUACAACUCUUCACAAGAGUCCCAGUAGGAAAUCAGCAAUGCGUCUGAACAUGUCUGUUGUGCCUGUGCUGUGCAACAGUGGGAGCAGGAGCAAGCAGCAGGGAGGUUCACAGGACUUGAUCUAUAACAUUCCGUCAACCCUUUUCAUCUUUAAACCCCCAUCUGAAAUGGGAAUGCCGGCACUCUCAGCUGGGAUUCACACACUUGCAUUCUGUUCUCCUUUGUUGGACAAAAUCAGAUCCCAUUGGAGGUUGGAGGAUGAAAUCAAAGAGAUUGCACAGAUGCAGAAAGCCAAAUUUUGCUAUCAGGUGGCAAAACUGUCAGUGCUUUUCAGCCUUGCCAUUAUGAGGAUGGGAGAAGUAGCUGGUCUGGAACAUCACAUGAUUGAUCCCCUCCCUGUUCCUCAUGAGUGGUACCAGCCAGGUGACCUCCUGGUUGGUGGGGUGAUUUCUCAGAUCAUUUAUGGAUUCAGCGAAUGUUUAUUUGAUAAAGAGCCUUCUCAGGACCAAUUUGAAUUUCCAGAGUAA